AUGGCAGACAAACUUGAUGCUCUCAGGUCCUUGAUGUCCUCUCACUCUCCUCCUCUCGAUGCCCUGGUCGUUCCUUCUGAAGAUUAUCAUCAGAGUGAGUAUGUAUCUUCGAGGGACAAGAGGCGCGAGUUCGUUUCUGGAUUCACUGGAAGUACCGGUCUGGCUCUUAUAACGAGAAAGGAAGCACUGCUAUGGACCGAUGCACGUUAUUUCUUGCAGGCUGCUCAACAGCUUAGUGAUCAGUGGAAACUCAUGCGCAUAGGAGAAGACCCCGCUGUGGAUGUUUGGAUGGUAGACAACUUGCCACAUGAUGCGGCAAUUGGCACUGAUCCUUGGUGCGUGUCCAUAGACACUGCACAGAGAUGGGAGCCUGCUUUUGCCAAAAAACAGCAGAAGCUGGUUCAGACUUCCACCAACUUGGUUGAUGAGGUUUGGAAAAAUAGGCCACCUCUUGAAAUAAACCCUGUCAAUGUACAUGCCCUGGAAUUUGCUGGUCGAUCAGCCACAGAUAAACUGAAUGAUUUGAGAGAAAGGCUUACACAGGAGAAAGCUCGCGGCAUCAUAAUCACAGCCCUUGAUGAGGUUGCUUGGCUGUAUAAUAUUCGAGGAAGUGAUGUGUCUUACUGCCCUGUAGUUCAGGCAUUUGCCAUAGUCACGCGCACUUCGGCUUUCUUUUAUGUGGACCAGAGGAAGCUAUCUUCUGAGGUAAGUGGCUAUUUAAUGGAGAAUGGAAUUGAAGUGCGGGAGUAUGGUGCGGUUACUGCAGAUGUGAGCUCACUUGCAUCCAACCAGCUUGGCCCAUGUGCAUUCAAAGAAACUCAAACUGAAAGCAUUAAGACUGAAGCAGAAGAUGGUGGAAGUGAUGACUUGAUAUGGGCUGAUCCUGGAUCCUGCUGCUAUGCUUUGUAUUCUAAACUAGAUUCCAAUAGAUUUCUCCUGAAGCAAUCUCCUUUGGCCCUUGCAAAAGCUUUGAAGAAUCCGAUUGAGUUGGAUGGGUUGAGGAAGGCACACAUCAGAGAUGGUGCAGCUGUUGUACAAUAUCUUGUCUGGUUGGAUAAACAGAUGCACGAAAACUAUGGUGCUUCUGGUUACUUUGAGGAGGGAGAGACUUUGGCCCAGAAAAACAGGGAAGGAAAGAAACUAACGGAGUUGACUGUGAGUGAUAAGCUGGAGUCAUUUCGAGCUUCAAAAGAGCAUUUCAAAAGUUUAAGUUUUCCUACCAUUUCAUCUGUCGGUCCAAAUGCGGCGAUGAACCAUUAUAGACCGCAGCCGAACACUUGCGCAGAGUUAGAUGCAGAUUCCAUUUACCUAUUUGAUUCUGGAGCACAGUAUCUAGAUGGAACAACAGAUAUAACUCGUACUGUUCAUUUUGGGAGACCUUCAGCUCAUGAGAAAGCAUGCUAUACAGCGGUACUGAAAGGGCACAUUGCACUGGGAAAUGCCAGAUUUCCGAAAGGGACAACUGGUUAUGCUUUGGACAUUCUUGCCCGACUACCUUUGUGGAAGGAUGGUCUCGAUUAUCGACACGGCACAGGGCAUGGAAUUGGAUCUUACCUAAAUGUUCAUGAAGGUCCGCAUUCAAUCAGUUAUGGAACACGGGCUCUUAAUGUGCCAAUGCAAGCUUCAAUGACAGUUACAGAUGAACCUGGUUACUAUGAAGAUGGGAACUUUGGUAUAAGGCUGGAGAAUUUAUUGGUGGUCAUUGAAGCGGAUACGAAGUUCAACUUUGGUGACAAGGGGUAUUUAUCAUUCGAGCAUAUAACCUGGGCACCAUAUCAGACCAAGCUGAUCAACUUGAGUUUAUUGACGACUGAAGAGAUCGAUUGGCUCAACGCAUACCAUUCAAAGUGUAGAGACAUAUUGACGCCAUACUUGGAUGAUGCUGAAAUGGCAUGGCUGAAGAAAGCUACCGAACCAGUACGUGCAUGAGCAAAAACUGCGGAAAACUCCAUUUGUUAUCUCUUAUCUCCUUCUCCAUCCAUUAUGGAUUCCUGCCCCAGAUUUUCUAAUAAAGGAGAAAGGAACUCGGUGCUUAAGUGGUAGCAUCUGAGAUUGCUAUUUCGCUUUUACCAUGUAGACAC